AGUAGGAUUAGAAACGAGUUUGUUUUGUUUUGGCAAUCAUUUAGUGGAGUAAAGAAAGAAAUACUGACUGAACUAAAUAGGCUACCCAAGUCUCAUUCGACUGAAAAUGUCUAAACUACAGUUGUUUCGUAUGUUUUUAAAUGAUCGUUUAAUGGCGGCUGCUGUGGAGAUUUUCGGGGCAGUUGAGAAAACGGUAGUGGAGUACCAGGAGGAGAAUGAUCGGCUACGGAGACUGCUGCGGAAUCGAAUCACACCGGAGAUAAAACUAUGUAGAAUAGACUCCCUGCAGCUCUCUGUCUCUGUCUCGGAAGAGGAGGUUCCCCCUGAGCAGCAGCACUGUGAGCAGGAGUGGAGCCCCAGUCUGGGGCAGGAGGACCCAGAGCCCACACAGAUUAUAGAGGAACAUGAGGAACUCAGGACCAGUCAGGAGGAAGAGCAGAUUGAAGGUCUGGAGGCUGAUAUAAUAGAGUUCAAUUUCACUCCUUCCUGUGUGAAAAGUGAAUGUGAUCAGGAGGACCCACUUUGGUCCUUGACUCUUCCCCAAACCCAGACUGUGGAGAACAGAGAGAGUGACCCUACACCAGUGGAUCUCAAACCUUUUGACACUGUGACCCACCUAAAGGGUUUCUACAUUCCCUGUGACCCUCCAGAUAAUCAGAACAAUGCCUACAGCCACAGCUCAGCCGUAAGCAGUGACCCAGUAGGACUUGACAACAGUCCACCAUUGGAUCCCAACGCACCAAUGGGGGAACCAUGCACCUGCCCCUUUUGUGGCAAGACCUUCAAACAAAAAGGAAAUCUCUCCAUGCACAUGAAGAUUCACACUGGAGAGAAACCAUUUAGCUGUGGUGACUGUGGGAAGCGCUUCAAUCGCAAGGAGCACUUAACCAGACAUAUACGCAUUCACAGAGGAGAGAAACCAUUCAGCUGUAAUUUUUGCUGUAAAAGCUUCAAUCAGAAGGGGGAUCUAAGGAGACAUAUACUGACUCACACAGGAGAGAAACCAUUUAGCUGUGGUGACUGCGGUAAAGGCUUCAUUCGCAAGGAGCACCUAACUGCACAUAUACGGACUCACACAGGAGAAGUUUCUGUCUCAAGCAGAACCUAACCAUGCAGAAACUGAUAAACAGAUCUAUGAUGGAUUUAAUGUCGUAAAACAUUGUUAUUAUAAACUGGUUACCAAUGUAAUUAGAACAGUAAAAUGUAUAUAUUUUUGUCAUACCCGUGGUAUACGG